CCAUUUCUAUUAUAAUCUUGCAGCUGCAGUUACUGGUGUGAAGAUGUAUAUGGUGCAGCGCACUUGCAUGUUAUCCCUGGAAAACGACUCAGACUUUACGCUUAUAAAUCCACAAAUGUAUGAAAAAGAGACGAAUUCAAAGAAAGAGACAAUCUGCAAGGGCGAAGACAUAGUUUUAAAGUACACUACUGAAGGCACCAAUUUUGAUAAAAAUCUAUCCGGUGUCCUAACAUAUGAAGUGGCAGAAAACGGAGAAAACAUCGCUAUUUUCUGGGGUGUAUGGUUCAAGGAAGAUAACCAAUUUAAUGUAGAGAUAACAAGACUGGACGCAGAUCAAGGUCUCCAUGAUAAAUUGAUGAAAACUGCAAAAACAGCAGUAAUUGAAACUGUUCAGGAAAAUGGAAAUGGAUAUACAGUAACAGCAACAAUGUCUAAUGAAACCAAAGCACAUCUUCGAGUUGUUAUAACUAACAAAUGAAGAGGAUAAUUGGGUAAUUUUUGUCGAUGC